UGUGUGAGCACGUGAAGUGGGAAGCAAGCGAGCAAAAGGCGGUUGUCUUUAAGAGUGGAGAAUGGCGCACUUCUUGGCUUGUCGGAACUUACUGUUUAGGGAGGUUGCCAAGACACAGACAGCUGCACCAGUUUGGAAAGAAAUAACAGUCAACACAGGUGGAUCUGAUAGUACUUUACAAGACAUCAAAGUUUCAAACACAUCUGGCGGAUAUGCAUACCAAGACAGCACACAGCCAAAUUCGGCAGCAAGCAACAGAUUUAUAUACUGGAGAACUACAGGAGACAUUUUGGAACUGGUGGAACAGUCUUUGGAUUAUAAUUUAAUUGGUUCUCAUGUUCGAUACCGAUUUCAAGACACUCCUUUACUUGGAGGCACCAGUGUCCAUGAACACCAAGGGAAAGUUUAUAUUUUAGUCACAACAGUUGCUAGUGUACACAGACUUGUAUUUCCUCAUCCAAACAAAAUUCCCAAGCCCGAAACAGUUUGCUAUCGUUUUGGCGAAGAUUCUAAAGCCCUUUCUAUAUUUGCUGAUGCCUCCCUUACCAGUGCUCAAGAUAGCAGAAAUUUUCACAUGGUCAACCCUGGUGGUAGUUUAACAUCUCAGCUUUAUUGUGCGGCCACUUGCCUUGACUCAGAUGGACAGGCUAUGUUUGCCUUUUCUACUAGCCUUGGUUCAAUUUUGCUCUUCUGUAUGCCUACCAUUGAUAAGCCUGGUGAGGUGACUCGCUUUGAACUUUGUCACUCUAGCAUGAUGCAAAGAAUUUGGAGUGGUUUGGUUCCAAAUAUCAUUAAGGGUUCUUCAGAAACAGCUGAAAAAGCACUCAGCUUGGUAAUGGAUGCUGUUGAUGAUGAAGUUUUUAUAUUCUGUGUAUGUAAAGAUCACAAACUGAGAUGGUGGUCAACAAAGACUCAGGAAUGCUUAAUGGUUUUUAAUCUGCUUGAUUUAACUCGUAAUAAACAACAUCCACAUCUUCCAUCUAUUGGCGAUGCCAUUGUGUGUUGGCUGGUUAUGUGUGGUGUAGUGUGGAAGUUGAAAUAUGCUGAUUCCAUUUUGUUAACUGUCCUGUUUACAUGCGGUGGAAAGUUUUGUUUCAUUGAAUCCUCUUUCAAUGAUGGUAGAUACCAGUUACAUCAUAUUGGUUCGAUAUUUGGACCUUCGGAAGAUUUAACUGAUUUCUGCCUGACUGGAGAUCGUUUAUUAACUCUUUGGAGCAGUAGUUCUGGAGAACCAAUUGCUAGAAUAGCUUUAUUUCCAAGUGAUCAGACUGCUGCAAAAGAAUGGACUGAUGUGAUCUUACAACCUCCGGAAACAGCCGACCUUUGGAUUCCUAAUUACCGUGAUCCUCGAGAUGUUUACAUGGAGAAAAUCUUUUAUCCUGGUUGCUUCAGCACUCAGGACAUUGUACGUGCCCUUAAUGUUUAUAAACGCUCAGUCCAUGUUAGACAAGACACCAUCAGUCUAAUCAGUCUUAAAGAGGAAGUUACAAACACUGUUGAAACUGAAAUUCGCAAUGCUGCUAUGGAAUACCAACUGGAUGAAGAUGAAUACUGCCAAUUACAACUGGAACACUGGACAAAAUUUUAUUCUUGCUGUGUCCAGUACCAAGAGGUUAAAUCAUGUUUUCUAUUCUGCAUACGAAAGAAUCAUCUGACUUAUUUUUGUCCCUGUGACAUUGUUGAAGAGCUUUACAUUGGAGACGGUAAUGCUGAAGCUGCUGUUGUCCUUCUCAAUGCUGUCGAAUGCAGAGCAGAGGGCCACAUGGUCACAGAUGUGCUGCAUGUAUUCAAAUGUAUGCAGCUUAUAGCUGGAGAUGUCAGUGAGGACCUUGGGAGCCAACUGGAAUACGAAGCUUCAGUGACCCUCGACCUUGAACAGGCUGCUGGAAGCUUGGUAGAUUCUUGUUUAGCUUUGAAUGACCUUCUGAUUGACAACAUCAAAUCUCACUUGGAAAAUGUAAUUGAUUUAGUCAGCGCUGUUCGUGUGAUUUCGGCCCAUUUAAACCUCAGCACACUACAACUAGACUCUUUGGAUCUGAAUGAGUCAUCACGUCUCUUAUCACAGAUUGAUUGGGGUCAGCUUUUUGCAAGUAACUGUGCAACAUCUGUCAUUAUUGCACAUAUGGAACAUUUUGUUUGCACUCGUCUAAAUGCCACUCGUGACCUCCUUUUGCUGCUCUUAAUUGCAAUGAAAUGUGGUGACCAGGCUCAUUGUGGAAGUGGACGAUGUUGGUCUCUACAGAUCAAUUUAAUGCCUCAAGUGAUCCUCAAUUUUCGGUGUUACCUUGUUCUGAAGUGGGUGAUGACUACUGUUGCAUUGCCAAGCCCAGCUAAUACAGUAGAAUUCAACCUAACACAACUGGCAGCACUUGACAUAUCAGAGGCCACAGCACAGACACCAGUAUACACACCACACAUAGGCUCAGGCCAACCCUCCCUGACAUUGGCAGAACUUUUUCUACGAGGAAUCGGUGGUCUUCAAGUGCGGACGACGUUAAUCAAUAGUAAAAUGUUGAACGAGGAGGUCCCUACUCUGUGGAUAAAUUCUUUAAUUCCCAUCAUCAAAAUUUUAGCCAAACUUUUAUGGCCUGACAGUUUUAGUUUCUUAUUCCCCGAGUUCCUUGUCGGACACUGCCAGUACCUCCACCUGCAGGAAUAUGUGCGUAUGUUGUCUUCGUGGUGCACCAAGAAUGAACAUUCAAGGAAAUUCCUCCUUGGACAAGCAUAUCUUUAUUUCAACGAACCCUACAAGGCUGCCCAGUCAUUUGUUGAAGCAGCCGAAGGAUUAAAUAACGGGGAGCCAUUUUUGGUACGCAAACUGUUGCAAAUUAAUGACGAUAUGAAUAUUCCGAUGAUGGAAGUGAACUACUACCUCAAGGUUAUUAACCAGUUUGAACAUUUUCAACAUCCACAUAUAGUAAUUUCACUCGCAGAAGAAGCAAUAUGUAUUGCUAGUGAAUCUGAUCCUAAUAUAGCAACGUUGUAUCUAAAAGUAUUUAAGUAUCAUUUAGAAUUAGGACAUUAUGAGAAAGCCUAUAAUGCUAUGGUUACCAAUCCAGAUCCCUCCAGCUGUAAAGAUUGUCUACGACAGUUACUGAAUGUGUUGUGUGACCGCAAGCAGUUAAAUAUUUUGGUCAGAUUUCCUUAUAAUAAUCUCCAGGAAGAGGUGGUGUCUAUUCUAAAGAACCGAGCCCGAUCUGUUGAUUUGUCUUCACACAAUUAUUAUGACCUGUUGUUCUCAAUACAUAUUUCAAGAAAUAGUUACCGAGCUGCUGGCAAUGUGAUGUACGAACAAGGUCUGCGGCUGGGGCAAGAACUGCCAGGGGUUCGUGGUCUUCAGCGCCAAGUUCAGUGUUAUUUGGCUGCUAUGCAUGCCUUACGGUUGGCGAAGCCAGAAUAUGCUUGGGUGGUGAAGCCUAUACCAAAUUGUUUAACUCACCCAGCACCUGAAGAAGGAACUUCUCCAAAACAUUACCUUGAUGGUGAGGAAAAAAUAGUGACGGAUGGCCCUGCCAUACAACCUGAUGAAAUGAUUGGUAUAUUAGUCAGUGUUGGACUUUUUGACAGAGCUAUCAUUAUUUGCAAAGCAUACGAUCUACCCUUAAAUCCAGUGUUUGAAAAUUUGGCUUUACGGUAA